ACCCCGCCGCGACCCCUCACCCCCGCCGUCACCGCCCUCGGCCCCGCCGCGACCCCUCACCCCGCCCCCUCCCGCUGCCGCCGUUCCCGGAAGCCCCGGGGGGGCGGGGUCAGGGGUCAGGGGUCGGGGGCCGCCGCGGGCAGCGGCGGGACGGAGCGGAGCGGAGCGGCCAUGGCGGGCAGCGGGACGGGCAGCAUGGCGGGCAGUGCCAUGGGUGGCGUGACGGGCAGCGCGGGGGACAGCGGGCGCGUGCGGGCGCUGCAGCAGGAGGUGGAGGGCGUCAAAACCAUCAUGACCCAGAACGUGGAGCGGAUCCUGGCACGGGGGGAGAACCUGGAGCAGCUCCACAGCAAGAGCCAGGACCUGGAGGCCACCUCGGAGCACUUCAAGACGACGUCGCAGAAGAUGGCCCGCCGGUACUGGUGGAAGAACGUGAAGCUGCUCGUCAUCCUCGGCCUCGUGGGCGCCAUCGUGCUCAUCCUCAUCAUCCUCCUGGCCACUGGCACCAUCCCCACCUAGAGCCCCCCGUCCCCGCCCCGGGGACCCCCCGACCACCCCCGUGUCCCCGGGGAAUACAGGGAUGACGAGC